AUGGAUUCGUUGGAGCAAAACCAUAUUGCAUUGAGAGGAGAUGUGGACUCAAUGAAAAAACAGAUAGACCGACUUAUGGAGGCUAUGAUAGAUUUAGCAAAGAGGGAGGACAACAUUCAGCAGACUGCAGUGGUUGAGAAUGUGGUGUUAGCUCCAGUAAAUAGUCUUACCCAACCUCAGCUUGCGCAAACCCCAGUUAAUAACUCGGUUGUACAAAAACGUCAUAUUGUUCGAGAUAAGGGUUCCUCAUAUCAUGAUGAUGUUGAGUAUCAUAGCUUUGCAUUCUCUGUGCCGGAUUCCCAUGGGACAAGCCUUGUGGACAGUUUGACUGGGGCAUCAUUGAGUUGGUAUAUGAAGUUAGAAAGGAAUCAUGUUCAGUCAUGGAUGGACCUAGCUAACGCUUUUUUGAAUCAGUACAAAUACAAUUUGGACAUGGCUCCCGAUCGCAUGCAGUUGAGAGCCUUGUCUCAGGAAAGCAACGAAUCCUUCAGAGGGUAUGCCCAAAGAUGGAAAGAGUUAGCAGCUCGCGUUGAACCACCACUCUUAGACAAAGAAGUGAUGGAAUUAUUCAGGGAUACCUUGCAAAGUCCUUACUUCGAAAGGAUGAUUAGCAGUGCAGCAUCAGACUUCGCUCACUUGGUGUCAAUUGGAGAACGCAUCGAGAAUGGCCUCAAAAGUGGAAAAAUCCAAUGCGCCUCAAAUAGCCAGAGCAUGGAGAGUGAAUCUAUUCCUAGUUCCCAAAAGGAAGAAGAAGCUGAAAUUAACGCAGUCUGGGAAGCUCCACAAGCUUCACACCAGACAUCAUUCUCUCCACAUGGUCAGUAUCCUACAACUCAAGGACCUCUUCAACAUCAACAACAGAUUCCACCUCAGCAGCCAUACAAAUGA